AUAACACGAUGCUUCACGUUGCAGUUGACACGAGCCAAUAAGGGACCAUGUGUUUUCCUAAAUAGGGAUGGGGAUCACAGCCGGCGUGGGUUGUUGGUAUGCAGAGGAAAUGCCAUUUGUCAGCUAGGUGGUCCACGUCGUCAAUAUAAGAAUCGAGAUCCCCACGACCUUGAUGGCCAGCUAGCACGCCUUCGUGGGUAACCACUUUAUGUUAGGUCCGUACCUAAUGCACCUACGGUAUUAAUAAUCCCACCAUCAUCCCGUCUCCGCUCUUGUCCGGUCUCCUCACAGCCAAUAUGCCGACCGCCGUUGUGACGGGGGCCAACUCUGGUAUUGGCCAUGCGUUUGCCCAGGUGCUUAUUCGAGAGGGCUACGAUGUCAUAGCCGCCGACAUCAACGUAACCGAAAAACUCACGUCGCUCCAGUGCGACGCAUCACAGCUAGACGUCACAUCCCCGUCGUCCAUCGCCUCGUUCGCGUCGCACAUCGGCGACCGACCAAUCGAUCUCCUGCUCAACAUCGCGGGCAUCAUGCUGCCCAAGGACGAGGACGCCCUGUCCACGGUGUCGCUCGCCGCCCUGACACAGACCUUCGCCGUCAACACCUUCGGCCCGCUGCUGCUGACGCAGGCGCUGCUGCCCAACCUGCUCAGGGCGGACCGCGCCAAGGUAGGCGUCAUGUCGAGCCGCGUGGGCAGCAUCAUGGAUAACACCUCGGGCGGGUCGUACGCGUACCGCGCGAGCAAGAGCGCGGCCAACAGCGUGUUUAAGAACUUGGCGGUGGACUUGAGGGGGAAAGGGGUUGCGGUUGUUAUUAUGCACCCGGGUAUUGUGAAGACGCAGAUGACGGAUAUGGGUAGGGGUAUCCCAGAGGCGGUGGCCCCGGAGGAGGCGGCGGAGAAGCUGUGGGGUGUUGUUAAGGGGAAGGGGGUGCAGGAUACGGGGAGGUUUUGGCAUAGGGAGGGGUUUGAGUUGCCGUGGUAAGGUUGGGGUUGGGGGUGGGAUUAAGGGGUUGAAGAUUAAAAUUGGGGGAUAAGUUAGGUAGGUAGGGUUAUGAUCACGAGUAUUUAUCAGAUUGUUCUAGGGACAUUAUUAUGAGGUUCGAAUAGAAUUCAAUGUUAUCAGAGUUUAUCUAUUUAGGCCGCCAGCAUAGCAGUUCCUUCCGGCUGGCUCGUCACUGGGCGGCUAUGUGUCCUGCCGCCUUAUUAUUCUAGGUUAAAAGUUUUACUAAUAGUGUUUAAAUAUAACAUCCUUUAUUCUAUUCCAUAG